AACCCGUUCUGAUGUUGGCCUAAAGCGAAUCGCACAGUUACAAUAAAGUGUAGAUAUAUUAAUUAAAUGGCAACAACAAAACUAAAACUGAUUGAAAACCUAACACACAGUUGCACUUGCAAUUAUCAAUAAAUAUGCAAGGCUUGUCUUAUUAAAUAUUAACCCAGAGUGUUCCCUGUGUCGCGGCUUCCGUUCUUUCAACUCGAAGUUAAGCAUAAAGCAGCUUGUUUUUUAUUAAGCAAUAAAGAGUUGUUAAUAAGUUAAUUGCAACAUAUAUUAAUAACGCCUACAAAGCAACAAACCGCAAAAAUGGCUAAAAGAAAUUAAAAACAAUUUACACAUAUUAACACGUAACAACAAUUUGUGUCAAAAAAGAAUACGCCGCGACGCUCCCAAGCGCAUAACAAUCAAAAGCAACAAAAUUAAAUAUGUCAAAGAAAGCCAACCACUAAUCGCUGUGACGCAUCGGAUUGAAUUUUUGGCAAUUAGCCGUUGGCAAUUAAAAGUUUCAAUAAGUCACAAUAGACAACGUGUUGAGUAGUGUUGCGUUCGGUUCAAUGUCGCGUAAGGUGCAGAGCAUUAAGUUGGCUGCGUUAAGUUUGAUGCGCUAAGUUAACGAUUCGUUAAGUUGUCUACGGACCGCAUUCUGCAGCGCCAUUUGAAAAGUUAUUUGAAUGGUCUCAGUAAAUGUGUGAUGGGUUAUGCAAAACACACAUAAAAUAUAUGAGCACAAGAACAAAUAACACAAUAUAGGAAAUCACAGCGUAACACAUUAAGUAUACGACACGAUGUUCAAUGGCAAAGCAGCUGUAUCAGCUGAGAAAAAUGGCGCACUGAAUGAUCGUCCUUUAUUCAUGCACAAUGGCCACAACAACAAUCGUCGCAUUUCGGGUGUAAACGAUGUGGAAGUGAGCAACUUUCGACGGGCCCUGCCACAGUUUCUAGCUGUUAGUAUUAAGAACCUAUUGCUUUUCGGCUAUGGCAUGACUCUUGGCUUUCCCACAAUUGUUAUACCUGCCAUACAGGGCGGCGAGGGACGCGGAGAGGGGCAGGACAGUGGCAUAGUGCUUAACAAAGAGGAAAUAUCAUGGUUCAGCUCCAUUAAUUUGAUUUGUGUGCCGUUGGGCUGUCUCUUCUCUGGCUUGUUAACCCAGCCCCUGGGCAAGCGGCGAGCUAUGCAGUUUGUCAACCUGCCCAUACUGGCUGCCUGGCUUAUGUUUCACUUCGCCACGCGCACGGAGCAUCUGUAUGCGGCUUUAUGCUUGGCUGGUCUCGGCGGUGGCCUGAUGGAAGCACCCGUGCUGACCUAUGUGGCGGAGAUAACGGAGCCGAAAUAUCGCGGUAUUUUGUCAGCGCUGGGCACCACCUGUGUCAUCACUGGCGUCUUCGUCCAAUUCAUAUUGGGCUCCUUAAUGGACUGGCGUAGCGUAGCAGCAGUGAGUGCUGCGUUUCCAGUGAUUACGAUUGUCAUGCUGUGCUUUGUGCCCGAGAGUCCCAUUUGGUUGAUACGGGAGCAGAGGUACCGGGAGGCAGUCAAAUCGCUGCAAUGGCUGCGUGGCUGGGUGCCGGAGCAUCAGGUCGAGGUGGAGUUCAAUCAGCUCUACGAUGAGCUGAUCACCCAAAAGGCCAUCGAGGAGGCCACCGAGGGCAGCGGCGCAGUGCCCGGACAGCGACGCACGCUGAAGUAUCGGCUACGAAUGUGGCGCAAGCGCACCUUCCUGGCGCCUUUCCUGCUCGUCUCGUUUACUUUCUUCACGGGCCACUUCUCCGGCAAAACGCCGCUGCAAACAUAUGCUGUACAGAUCUUCCAUACGCUGAAAGCACCCAUGAAUAAGUACCACGCCACGAUACUGCUGGGCGUGGCUGAGAUGCUGUCCACCAUACUGGGCGUAGCUCUGAUACAUUUUACGGGCAAGCGGCCGCUGGUGCUUGUUUCGACAAUAGGCACCGGCUUGUGCUUCUUCGGCACCGCGACCUAUGCGCACUUUCUGAAUGAUGUGCCCGGAUUUGCGGUCAACAAUGUCGUGGUGAAUGCCUCGGCGCUUGUGCCCAAGGGAAGCAUCAUAUCGCAGGCAAAUAUAUCGAAGAUCUUUGAGAAUCAAUAUCAGGAUGAGCUGGUUCUGCAGCAGCAGCAUGAGCAACAACUGACUACGAUGUGGCCCGACCUGGAGCAGGAGCCAGAUACGACCACGAUGGAAAUACUUGAUACAACAACGGAGUUAUGGAAUCGUAGCAAACGCGGACUGGAUACAACGUUGAAUCCAAAUGAUGUUGGGGAAUUUGAAGCUACGACGCUGUUGCCUGAACCAGCAGCGGCUACUCCUGCCAGCGUCAGCAGGGACGUGGCGCCAUCGAAGCCACCGAUUUCGGAAGAUCUGUUGCUGGUUGUGCCCAAACAGGAGCACAAUUAUUUGGUAUGGGUGCCGCUGAUACUGUUGCUAUUAUCCGCCUUCUUCUCACAUCUGGGAAUACGCAUGAUACCCUGGAUACUCAUUGGCGAAGUCUUUCCCGCUGAUAUACGCAACAGCGCAUCCGGCUUUGCUGGCGGCAUCGGCUACGUCUUUGGAUUUCUGGCCAACAAGCUGUUCCUGGUGAUGCUCAGUGCAUUGACGUUGCCGGGCACGUUUGCGUUCUAUGCCACCGUUGCAUUCAUUGGCACCAUUGUGCUCUACUUCACGCUGCCUGAGACGGAGGGUCGCACGCUGGGGGAAAUUGAGGCGCAUUUCUCCAAGAAAUCAGAUCUGAAUCUGUUGCGCAAGCAGCCGCGACAGCACGAAAGCGAAAAGCAGCAGAGCCCACCUACAAACGGAACGAAUGCGAUCCAGCUGGACAACUUACAGGAUCUGCAUAUGCCGGUCGGCUCGCAGCAACAGACAAAGAUUAUACAUUUGCAGCAGAGCGACUUUGUGCCACAGACGCAUAUGGAACGGCCAACGAGCCGAGGCCCUUCCUUGGUCGGUGUCACCAAUCCCGCCUUCGAGGAGACCAGUAAUACGACACAUCUCUGAAGUCGAUUCAUACAAAUUUCUUACCCUUUCAGUGAUAUUUCUAAGCAUUAAAGUAAUAACAAAAUAAGUUGCAAAUCAUGUUUAAAGAA